AUGCAUUUGCUCAAUCUGCCAGCGCCGCUCCUUGCCAUUGCGCUCUCUGCUCUUUACAGCCCUUCAGAAUGCCUGCCUCUGGUCGACCAACAACAAGACCACCAACAGCUGGGGAGAUUCCACGCCCUCCGCCCAAGAGCCAGCUACUCGAUCGUGCCCAUCGACGGCGGCAGCCCGGCGACGACGCAGGAGGAUGCCACCACCACGGUCGUGCAGACCGUCACAUCGUCGCCGACAGCAACGCCCGAGAUCACCGUCACUGCCACCGCGAAGGACUCCACCAAGACGGUCACCAAUACAGACAUAUCCGUCGUGCCGGCUGAGUCGCCGACGACGGUCACGGCCACAAGUCCCGUCACGAUUGUCACGACACACACCCUCCUCCAGCGCGCUGUCGAGUUCUGCCUCGUCGUCUUCAAUAGCGAGCCCUGUCCCGAGCCCAACUCAGACUACCUCAAGUGCUACAUCUACCACCUUGACAUCUUCGACGGUGUCGAGCUCGUCCUCCAGCAGCAGCAUCUCUACCUCUGCCACCACCUCUGCCUCCGCCUCCGCUUCUGCGUCCCCCUCGUCCUCUUCCUGCUCGACAACGGAAUCUACCGCCAGCAGCACCUAUACCCCGCCAGCGUCAGUCCCUCCGUACCCAACAUCGAGCGUCGUACUUCCCCCACCCUACACCACCGGCUCAAUCCCGACGCCGUCGACAUUCGUGACGAGCAGCAGCAGCAGCACGACCUCGACCUCUUACGACAACGGGCAGUGGCACACGACAUACCCAGCCUGGAACGGGACCCGCAUCUAGUGCUCUCCCGGAUGACGUCCUGGGACACGAGGACCGGCGGAAUUUCAUACGAAUGUUACGAUCACGAGUGGAUGUGA